UAAACAUUGAUCACCUCCAGCCAUUUAAAGCACAGCAGCCAAGAAUCCCCCAUCAAAUAAAAUCACAGAGGGUGCAAUUAGCAACAACCCCACCACCAGCAUCAUCCAAAGCUCCUGGAACAGUUACAGCUUCUGUACCAGCAUCUAGCUCCACUUCAUUCUCAACCCUUGCACCAACCUCAUCACCUGCAACACCAGCAGACCUGACAACUCCAUCAGUCUCUGGAACACCAACAGCUUUUGCACCACCGUCCUCCACCACACCAUCAUCAAUCUCUGCACAACCACCAGCCCUGGAAACACCAACAUCCUCUGCUUCACCAGCCCCAACUCAAGCUUCAUCAUCCGGGACUAUAGAGAAAUAUGUGAAGGAUGCCUGGGAUGGUCUGAACCCCCACAUCCUUCUUUCUAAAAUUGGGCCAUAUAAGAUUUUUUACUGGGACAUUGGUCGAACAAGGCCUGGACUGGAAUUAGAGAGUCAUCAAUGCCUACCUGGCCAUGCUUGAGAGGCAGCACAAUGUGAAGUCACCAGAGAAGGUUCUUCAUAUUGAUACAUAUGGAAUAACAUCCGUAUGGAAUGGAAAAGUUCCACGAUUCAGGUGGGACCCUUCAAAAUAUCAGUUGCUGUUUGGAGUUGUGAAUGAACACCAUCACUGGUUUCUGGUUGUGAUAUAUCCAUCACAGAACAAGACGCUCCUCCUGGAUCCACUUGGAGAAACUGCUGCCAAGUUAAAAAGGUGCCAGGAUGCAUCAAGGGCACUCAUGAGGAGAAAAGGGAUACAUGUGUCAAGGUGGAAAUGUGACACAGUGCCUCAUCCCCACCAACCAGACAGCACGUCCUGUGGUGUUUUUGCCAUUGUGUUUGCAGAGAAAAUCUUAUACAAUCAGCCAGUCACAUUUCCUGCUUCCCCAAAGGAUGUGUCAGAUUUGUGGUGGCAGAUUGCCACGACUCUUCUCAGAGAUUCAGAUGACCUGACAAACCUGUGUCUUCACUGUGGGGAGGCCAGUGUGGAUGGCAGUCCAGAGGAACAACUGACUUGGAUCUCAUGUGAUGCCUGUGGAAGGUGGUUCCACCAUGACUGUGUUGGACAACCAAAGAUGGAGGAACCAUUCAAGUGUACAGCAUGCUGAACAUAACAAUGGAAGUAUAAAAGUGGAGUUUUUGUAUGUUUUUGCGUUUAUUUGUUGUAACUGUAAUUAAACUGUUUAACUGUUGUUAAACAAAAAGUUCUUGAAAAUAGGUACAUUUUAAGUGGAUUUACAAUUUUAUUUUUUUAAGUUUCAACAAUAAUAUAAUUAUUUUAUUUUAA